AUGCGUGAUCCAAACCAGAUUGCUUCAAACGAGCAAGUCAAGGAGCUAGGCGCCAAAGAUCAAAAGAACGGCGUCCUCUCCGAAAAUGCUAUCCAAACGAACAAUGAAAUCCCAUCAUCAAAUCUAUCAGUUGAUAUAUGUGUUGAGGCAAUGGGGAGAAUCAGCAUGGAAACACCGCCGACUUCGCAUCAAACCUCAGACACAGCUUCUACUCAAAAUCAUGGUAUCACCAAUAUCCUAUCAGAAGAGCUACCAAGCCACCCGCAAUGUCAAGUUCGACUGGCAUUUCGUCGAUAUGUUUCAGCGCCUGCAGUUCUUCGGAAUAGAAUACAGGUGACGCAGCAUCAAGUGGAGGUGUCGAGGUCGUCGUUCACACUUGCGGAUAUUCUCUCGAAGGUAAACUGUCGAGCACAAAAACCGUUUCUGGUGAGAAAAGUACGGGCUCGGGCAGCACUGUCUACGAGGCCAAUUCCUCCUGUUGUUCGUACCGGGUGGGAGACGGUUGAUAAAAGCGUCAGUUUAGCCGAGAUUCCUGAGAUACUCGCCCAGGACAAGACCGAAGGGGUGGAGGAGAUGCUGCACCUUCGAGGAGGAUGCGGUAGCUGGAUGGGAAAGAAGGGCAAUAUGCGUCGAUUGGAGGAUGAUGAAGAGCUCCCGCCAAUGAUAUGGUGGUUAUCCGGAGAUGGUGGAAAGCAAAGAGCAAAGGACAAUGGCGGACAGGACAAAGUAGGGGAUACCUUCAAGAACUCGCUUUUGUACUGUCAGAUGGCAGACUCUGCAGAAAUGAGCCUGGGCAAAGGGAGAGCGAAAAGCGUAUGGAGCAGGGAAAGAAGUAGCGAACUGGAGCCAACCGACAAUGUAGCUGUGAAGGAGACAAUAGCACCAGCGGAAGAAUGA